GUCAAGAAAUGAAAGAGACAAAAACUUAGGUGGACGUGUGUGAUACGAUUAUCGUGGUAUGUUUCUCAGGAGUUCCACUCAGUGUCAAUUUAACGCUCGUUUUGAAAGAACGUUCUUGUAAGCCGCCAUGUCUCUGGUCGCACAAGCCUUCGAGUCCAGUCACAUAGUGCCGGACGUCAUACCAACUCCGCCUUCAGUCAACAUCCAAUUGUCAUACCCAAGCGGCGCUGUUGCGUCCCAGGGCAAUGAGUUGACUCCUACGCAGGUUAAAGACCAGCCCAAUGUAGUCUUCGAAGCUGAACCGAACGCGUUCUACACACUUAUUUUCACAGACCCGGAUAAUUACGACGGCCCAGAGCCAGUGUACCGCGAGUGGCAUCACUGGCUGGUGGGCAACAUUCCCGGAGGAGACGUUUCCAAGGGUGAAGUGCUGUCUGGGUACAUCGGCUCCGGCCCACCAGAGGGCACUGGGAUCCAUCGCUACGUGUACAUUGUCUACAAACAGCCAGGGAAACUGGUGUUCGAUGAGAAGAGACUGACUAACAAGUCCAUCGAUGGCCGUGCCGCCUUCUCCACGAAGAAGUUUGCUGAGAAGUACAACCUAGGCGCGCCAUUGGCUGGCAAUUUCUACCGCGCCCAGUUCGACUCUUACGUGCCACUUCUGUACAAGAGCUUGGGAGCAUAAGUUUAUAUGAUAAGAAUGUUGUAAUAAAUAAUUUAUUUUCAAUACAGUAAAUUCUCGAAGAAA